UACCUGGCAUUGAGGACGACAACGAUGAAGGAUCUCAGCGAUGAAGCGACGCUGUGUUUAAUCGCACUCGUAGAAGAGUUUCCACAGCUUUGGUGCCUUCAAAACGACCAGUACCGCAACAACGGCAUAAAAUCAGAGCUCUGGAAACAAAUUGACAAUGAAAUGCAACGGCGCUACUCCCAGUAUGGGCCUUACACGGAAGAGGGAGUGAGGAGCUUUUUUCAAGAUAAGCGACGCAUCUACAGCCGGGAGAAGGAAAAGAUCAUGAAAACGAAGAGCGGCCAAGCUGCGGAGUACACGUACAACGGUAGAUGGAGGUUCUACCGCAGUCUCCUGUUCUUGGAUCGGAGCAAACCUGUCCUUUCCCGGGAGUGCAACGAAUCUUACCAACACAAUGAUCCCAGUGGAAUGGACAGUGAGACAGAAUUGGCGUCUGUUAUGACCGAGAUGAGGGAACCCGUCCUUGGCACGCAUUCCACACACACACCGCGCGGAACAACGAGUUCCAGUGUGGAAGCGUCUGGCACUCCUGUGAAGCGCUGAAAGUGCGAUGACGGAAAAAAGAAAGCAGAUGACUGCUCCAGCUCUGGGUGGAAAGAGCGCACGGUUGCUUUCACUAAAAUUUCCGAAAGUUUUGAAACUGAAAAAAGUGGCGACGAUGCUGAUAAUUUUGGAAGAGUUGUGGCGGGCCACAUGAGAAGCCUGAACGGAACCAAUUUUAUUGGGUGUCAGGUAGAGGUACUAGAACUCGUCAAGCGUUACCUAGACCGACAGCAAGAACAAACGUAAUUCAACGAACCCUAUUUAAACUAAAAAAAUGUUAAACCAAAAUUAGCAUUUCGCGCUCAAAAGUGAAGGGAAUACUUGAAAACAAACAAAUGCUCGUAUCCUUUGCCUGUCGUACUUAUUCCAUUAG